GUCAAGUGAAAUGCUCAAAAGAUAAAUUAAAUUUCCCGCAUUUAACGAAACGAAAUUUUCAAACAGUGCUUAGUGUGGUCAUAAAAAUUAUAAUGGAGAAAGAUAGUUUUAAAAAAACACUUGGAUUCAAGCCUCCUCACUUCAUGUCCAUUCUUACAGGAGAAUGGGUUGAAUUAGCUGAAGCUGACACUCUUGGUAAAUGCAGAAGUGUAACAGAAUUUGAGAAGCUAAACAGGGUGGGAGAAGGUACAUAUGGCAUUGUAUACAGAGCAAGAGAUACAGAUUCAAAUAAAAUUGUUGCGCUAAAAAAAAUGCGCCUGGAUACACAAAAAGAUGGAAUCCAUAUAACUGGACUGAGAGAAAUCAACAUUCUUCUAAACUUACGACAUGAAAACAUUGUUCAGAUGUCAGAAGUUGUCGUUGGAAAGAGUCUUGAAAGCAUCUUCCUUGUCAUGGAGUAUUGUGAGCAGGAUCUGGCAUCUUUAUUGGACAACAUGGCUGCACCAUUUUCAGAGCCACAGGUCAAAUGCAUAAUGUUACAAUUAUUUGCGGGAUUGCAAUAUUUACAUGAAAAUUUUAUAAUACACAGAGAUCUGAAAGUGUCCAAUUUACUAAUGACAGAUAAAGGUUGUGUUAAAAUUGCUGACUUUGGUUUGGCAAGAAAAUAUGAACUUCCUUUGCGACCCAUGACCCCAACUGUUGUUACCUUAUGGUAUAGAGCACCAGAGCUUCUACUUGGUUCAAAAACUCACACAACAGCUAUUGAUAUGUGGUCUUCAGGUUGCAUAUUGGGAGAGCUACUUGCCCAUCGUCCACUUUUGCCUGGACGUUCAGAGUUACAUCAGUUGGAUUUGAUUUUAGACAUGCUAGGAACACCUAAUGAUGCCAUAUGGCCAGAAUUUUCUAAACUUCCAGCUCUGGAGAAUUUUACAUUAAAGAAGCAACCGUAUAAUAACUUGAAACACAAUUUUCCCUGGCUCAGUGAAGCAGGGAUUAAGCUGCUGAACAUCCUCUUUAUGUAUGACCCAAGUAAAAGAGCCAGUGCAGAAGCCUGUAUAGAAUCUUCAUAUUUCAAAGAACAACCAAGGCCCUGUGAUCCAGAGUUUAUGCCAUCUUUUCCCCAACAUCGACUAAAAAGAAAGCAAUCUAAAGCAGAUGGUAAAAAAGACAAAAGAAAAUCCUUGGAUGAUUCUUUUAAAAGUUUUGGAGAUAGCUCUUCCAAUGCUCCUUUAUUGAAACGAAGUCGAAGAGAUGUUAGCUGAACUUGUAUAAAUAUUUUGUUGCCAUUAAAAAAAUAUCUUGAUUACUUGUUAGUUUAUUGCUUGUAAGGCCAAUAGUAUUAUAACUAAAAAUGUGAUCAAUUUCUUUUUGUUUUAAACUGAACUUAAUAUUGGAUUUAUAAUUAUUAUUGUUCCACACAAUUGUAGAUACAAUUAUCAAUAUUGAUUUUGGCUUCUUGAUGCCUGCAACAUCUCAAAACAUAAGCAGACACC